UCUUGGUAACACGAACACGAGUCCUUAAGCUGAACAGAACACAUUCCUCUUGCCCCAAUACGGUGCGGUUUGAAGGAUAGUUCCUCUUUCUCUUCUUCAGUGAAAAAGUGGAUUCCUUUGAUUGUUUAAAGGGUAGCAAUACCCUAGAUCAAAUGAUGGAGAGUGGAGCUAUUAGUCAGCCUGAACCACAGAAACAGAUAUGGUGUGAGAAAAAACAGGCUGCUGUUAAUGAAGAAAUAAGGAGAAUGAACCAACUGCCUGCAAACAGUUCCUAUGUUACACAUCGUCUGAAGGUUCUUAAUAAAAUUCUGCAACUCAUGUCAAUUCAGAGAACUAUAUCACAGGAGCAGGAGCUGGAGUUGCUUUUUGCCGGUCUUUCUUUGUGAAAGAGUUAUUACUGGUGAUGGUUUGAAAUUCGGUAACCACGUUGUUGUGGUGGUGUUUAUAGCAGUGGAUCUGGAUCUUAAAGGCCAAAAGAUAAAGAAAGGGCUUGUUUACAGUUCGUAUGUAUUGGCAUUUAGAUAUGCAAUAUGGCCAAAGCCAGUUAUGGCUUUACUUUUAACUUAGCUGAGCUUAAGCAACAAUAAUGUCUACUCUUUAGUUACUUUUGAUAUAAUGUAAUAGUAAUACAUCGCGUUACAAGUUGAAACCUUGCUACCUCUGUUCCCUUCUUUCUUUUGUUUCAUCCAUGGUUCAUGCCAUGGAAGAAAUUUCUUUCAUAAUCUGGUCAUGGAUCAUCUAUGUUGUUAUUGACAAACUCUACAAGGCUCUGGAAAUGACCAGGUAAAAAUAUCAAACCAAAAUGCACAAUA